UGAACCAAGACCUAAGGAGAAAAUACGGGCUGCGUUCACGGUCAAGGGCAAUUGUUUCAAAGCACUCGUGAGAGCGUCGGGCGGUUGGAAUUAUUUUUCCCCUGGCUCGGGUUGGGAGUAGGCAGCGAGGGCGCAGCCCCGCUUCCCGACAUGCCCCGCAUCCGAGGACCCUUGCCUCCCUCCUCCCCGCCCCGCACCUCCCCUCAGGGCCGUAGCUGCCGCCGCCGCGCUCGCCUUCGCCUGGGGAGAGCGGAGGAGGGAGAGGAGGCACUCGCCGUGUCCGGGCGUCUCCGAGGAGACGCCGCCGCCGCCGCCGCCGCCGCCGCGGAGAUGCCUCUCUUUGCCACCAACCCCUUCGACCAGGAUGUGGAGAAAGCAACCAGUGAGAUGAAUACUGCUGAAGACUGGGGUCUUAUCUUGGAUAUUUGUGAUAAAGUAGGCCAGUCUCGUACUGGGCCUAAGGACUGUCUGCGGUCUGUUCUGAAGAGAGUGAAUCACAAAGACCCUCAUGUAGCAAUGCAAGCAUUGACUCUUCUAGGAGCGUGUGUAUCGAACUGUGGCAAAAUUUUUCAUUUAGAAGUGUGUUCAAGAGAUUUUGCUAGUGAAGUAAGCAACGUAUUAAAUAAGGGUCAUCCAAAAGUUUGUGAAAAGUUAAAAGCUCUUAUGGUGGAAUGGACUGAUGAAUUCAAGAAUGAUCCACAGCUUAGUCUAAUAUCUGCCAUGAUCAAAAACCUUAAGGAACAAGGAGUGACAUUUCCAGCUAUUGGCUCACAGGCUGCAGAACAAGCGAAAGCAAGCCCAGCUCUUGUAGCUAAGGAUCCUGGUACUGUGGCUACCAAAAAGGAAGAGGAAGAUCUAGCGAAAGCCAUUGAGUUGUCACUGAAAGAACAAAGGCAACAGCCAGCCACACUUUCCAAUUUGUAUCCAAGCACAUCAAGCCUCUUAACUAACCACCAACAUGAAGGUAGGAAAGUUCGUGCUAUCUAUGAUUUUGAAGCUGCUGAAGAUAAUGAACUAACAUUUAAAGCUGGAGAAAUCAUUACAGUUCUUGAUGACAGUGAUCCCAACUGGUGGAAAGGUGAAACUCAUCAAGGCAUAGGGUUGUUUCCCUCUAAUUUUGUGACAGCUGACCUCAGUGCUGAACCAGAAAUGAUUAAAACAGAGAAGAAGACGGUACAAUUCAGUGAUGAUGUUCAGGUGGAAACAAUAGAGCCUGAGCCUGAACCAGUAUAUAUUGAUGAAGACAAAAUGGACCAGCUUCUGCAGAUGUUACAAAGUGCAGAUCCAAAUGAUGACCAGCCAGAUUUACCAGAGCUGCUUCAUUUGGAAGCAAUAUGUCACCAAAUGGGACCACUUAUCGAUGAAAAACUGGAAGAUAUUGACAGAAAACACUCAGAACUUUCAGAACUUAAUGUGAAAGUGAUGGAUGCACUUUCAUUAUAUAACAAAUUGAUGAAUGAAGACCCAAUGUAUUCCAUGUAUGCAAAAUUACAGAACCAACAGUAUUAUAUGCAGUCACCUGGCGUUUCUGCUUCUCAGGUAUAUCCAGGGCAGCCUCAAAGCGGUGCUUAUUUGGUGGCAGGGAAUGCCCAGAUGGGCCACCUUCAGAGCUACAGUCUUCCCCCAGAGCAAAUAUCUUCUCUCAGUCAAGGAGCAGUUCCAUCGUCAGCAAACCCAGCACUUACAAGUCAACAAGCUCAGACUUCUUACCCUAACACAAUGGUCAGUUCUGUACAAGGAAAUACAUACCCCAACCAGGCUUCAGUAUAUAGUCCUCCUCCUGCUGCUGCUGCUGCUACUGCUACUGAUGUCACAAUAUACCAGAAUGCUGGAACUAGUCUGUCCCAGGUGCCAAACUAUAAUUUAGCAUCUUCUACACUGCCUCAGCCACCUGGUAAUCAACCACCGCCUCAGCCGCAACAAACAUACACCCAGAAGGCUCUCCUAUAGGACCCGAACUUGAGAUUCCUAAUUGUGGCUAACCUCUGCUAAGUGCAGCUGGCAAUGUUAUGAGAAUCUUAAGGUUUGUUUAUCCUCCACUUAUAGGAAUCUAUCUCGACAAACAAGUGCAGUGAUUGAAGAAGGUAGAACUAUGUUCAAUUUGCACUGACUUUUUAGGGAAUUCAUUUUUUGCAGAGGAAUGAAACUACUUAGGACAUUUAAUUCCUUUCAAAAUGUCUGGAAAUUGGUACACGAUUAUUUAUGUCUGGUAAAAUUGGCUGGUCUGUGAAAAACCCAAACUUGCAAAACUUGUGGCAUAUAUGUUAUGUACAUAUAUUGUGUGUGACUUCAUUAGUGACCAUUUUGAAUUGCAAUGGUGAUCAUGUGAAUAUAUUUAACACUUAAAUUAAUUUUGCUUUACUAUUUUAUUUUAGUCAUAAGCAAACUACCAUGUUUCAUAGUUUUAUGUGGACUUAUGGAGACUACAAUAUCUUUUUAAAAUGCAGGAGAAUGAAGUUAAUAUUUGAGAGCUUUAUGUUGUCUAUAUUUUGUUUCACACUAAUUAUGUUUCACUAAUUGUAAACAGAAUAUAAAUGUAUCAUGGCUUUUGAAGCCUUUGAUUACUGUUAACUGUCAUAUCAAGAUGAAUUACCCAAAUUUUUGACGAGGUCAUAGAAAAUGAUAACCCUUCUUUUAACCAGCUAUUAAAUUUCACCCUGAUAUUUUAAGAAUACUCAGCAUAUCAUGGGACCAUGAGAUAAAUUAAGUACAAUCUCAUAUCUUACAUCUUAUUGUUUAAAACACAUUGUGGGCUUUUUUUUUCUUAGUGAAAAAUAUGUAACUAGACUUCUGAACUGUUUUCUGUGUUUAUUGGUGGCAGUGACACCAAAGACAAGGGGAAUGAAUGGAAAUUUUUAAACUGGAAAGAAAACAUAAAAUACACUACAUUUUUGAUGUGUCUUGUAAUUAUUUAAGAGGUUAAAGAACCUUGGAAGUUGAGAAAUUAUAAACAACUUUGGAAACUAAGAAAUUGAUUCAUCUCUUUUAUCCUCUUUGCCUAUUUUACAUCAAUUUCUUUGCUUUAGCAGUGUGUUCUUUAAUUCAUUAGAGAGGAAAACAGAUAAUUCAAAGUAAUUUAUAUUCUUAACUUUAUUUAGCAGCUUAUGUAUUUACAACUCUUAACCUUUGACUCAAAUUUGGUUGUUUGUAGUUCUUUGUCUUGUUUCUUUAUUUCUUUUGAUCUCAUUUUGUUUCUCUCCUUUGUGGAUAAUACCAUUUUAUUCAUUUGAUGAUGUUAUGCUUUUGAAUAUUUUAUCUUCAGUCAGUUUGAAUAACACUGACACUGAUGACAACAUACUAGCCUUCCUUAAAUAUUAACGGUUAUUCUGGUUGUACUGUAUUCUGUCACUUAGACACUAAUAUAUCACUCACAGUAUUCAAAGGCAUAUAUUGUCAAAUGAGUUGAGUUAGCAAAUUUUCACAUCUAUAUGAACAAUGUUAUAUUUGAUUUGUAUUCUUCUAUAUUUUCACCACUUGAUAGUUGAUUUACUAAUAUUUGAACAGACUUAUUAUUCCAUUUUUUGGAAUGUUGGAAAUUUUUGAUGGUCUUAAAUAUUUUGUUGGAGUGAUAUGCUUUGCUACAUUGACAUUAUGUUAACCUCAUGGCAAAUUUUAUUUAAAAUUACUCAUUGUUUAUUCUUGACAUUGUCCUUCUUGAAAAGCAUUGAUGCCCAAGAUGUAUUCUCUUCUAACUUGAAUGGUUUAGCACCAUUGAUAAACUUUGCCCUAAGUUAGUGCUUCUUUUUUAUUGAUAUGUAUCUGGCAAAUCCUAGUUAGCUAAUUUUGAAUAUUGUCUUCUUUAGUGGGUAUGUCUUUCAGUUUUUAUGUGGCCAGCCUUUAUAUCCCAUAAUCCUUAAUCCCUAUGUGGAAAGAUUCAGACUUUUUAUAGACUCAUGCAGAUUUUUGUGUCUUCAUUAGAGUACUAGGUUUAUGGACAGAAACAUUUCAGAUGGUAAGUAUUUAAAACUAAAAAUAUGGAUCUUUCUCUUGUUUAUUACAUUUAUUAAGACUCUAAGUGUGAAAUCUAUUCAUAAAAUUUAGCUUCUCCUUCAUCCUUAAUAUUUCAUUGCCUCUCUUUGCUUUCUGUCUUGCCUUAUUAAAAUUUCACAUAUCAACUUCCAGAAAAUUUGCAUAAAAUGUGCAAGUAACUUAGUUUUUGAAGUGUCUUUAUACUUAAUAUUAUAUUUUUGUUGCUUUUGCUUCAGAAACCUUUGUGUAUCAAACUUGGGUAUAAAACUAUUUAUAAACCCUUUAUUUAGGAUAUCCUUUAUCUGAUAGAUUAGUUUAGGAAAAAAUGAGUGUAAAUUGAAUUACUUGUUUCUUUCAAAGAAAUCCUAUCUUUCCAAAUUUGUAAGAUUUGAGAGAAUUUUGUGUAGAAAUAGUAGUAGACGUGGUUUGCUGGAUUUAGUAUUACCUCAGCAGCACUGUUUCGAGAUGGGAGCAUCCUGUUUUGUAGUCCAUAUACAUCUUUGCAGUCAGUGUCUAACCGUAGCAUGUCUCCAUCACUGUUCUUAUCCUUUCUUCCCUGGAACGAUAUUUCCUCCAUGUCAAUAGUUCCUCUUUCCCACAUAACAACUUUGAAAAUUUUGUUUUCUUCUUCUUUAAAGUACUGAUCGUCGUUGGUUGUAGUAUUUGACAUAAGCAACAAAUACCAUGUUUUGUACCUGAUCUCCUCUGGCCUGAAAAUAUCUAAGUUUUAAGUUGUGUCCUCCAUGAUUUUUAUGUAAAUUUAUAUAUUUACAAAUCAAGUUUAUUUAAAAUAUUGGGUUAUUGAUAGAAAUUUUAAUCUUUGUGGUUGAAUCAAAUACAUAUAAUUUUUUUCUUCUUAAUUUACUUAGUAACCCACCUAAUAUAUGUGGUUUGUGAUUGUGUUGCUCUUUGUUUUUGAGAAAAAGCAACCAUUUUUGCAAAUUUGUCAUUGUUAGCCCCUAUUCUUUGUGAGCCUUCUCUUCAUUGAACUGAUUACUUACAGUUGUUAGUAUGAAGAUAAUUUCACUUUAUAAAAAACUUUGCUUAAGUAUCUCUUGCAAUAAGUAAAGAUCCUCCAUUUUAGUGUUGUAAUUCACCUGAUGAUAAGGUUUUUUAAAAUUGUAAUUUCUCUUCCAUAUAUUAUAUAAGUGAAAUAAUAUGUCUCAGAUUUGAGUGUCUGUUUUUUCUAUAGGAUAUUCUUCUUUUGAAAUAAUUAUUAAUGGGCCCCAGCAAUGCUCCACUUAACUCCUGUCUCCAUUCUCCAGACUUUCCUUGUUCCUGGUUAGCCACCUGGCUGCACUGGAGAAACCCCCUCCAUGAAGGGCCCUGCUCUCUUGAUUGAUGACUGCCUGCCUAUUUCAAGAAGCUCCCCAGUAAUGUUCUACUUCACACCCUCUUCCCUGGCUGCCUUUCGAGUUCUGGCUCCCUUGAUGUUUUGUUUUCUAUUCUCCUUAAGGGCAGGGACUGUUUUUGGCUUUCUUUAUAUCCUUAGUGCUUAGCUAAUUGCCUGGCAUAUAGUAAGCACAUAUUAAAUCCUUUUUUUCUCUAAAAUUUCCCCAUAGUCUCUGUGCGUUCUAAUAAGUAUGUUAAUACUUCACUUAGUUGAGGUAUUGAACUUGAACUACAUUAUUAGGUUUUAAGUAAAUUUUAUAAUUACUGAAUUUUCUAUAUAACUCAAAUACAUUCUUCUGUGUUUGCUUUAGCCAAUCUUGGUAGAAAUCUUUCUAAAGUGUCUUUUAUUCAUUCACCUUCCUUCCUUAAAGGGCUCUGAUCAUAGUUUAAACCUUUUCUUGAUGAUUCCAAUUUAUCAUUAUGAAGAGCCAUUCCUUGUAUUUUUCCUGUAAAAUGCAGCAUAACUCUUGAUCUAUUUUAAAAAUUUUAUGUGUUUACUCGGUAUUGUGGGUCUCAAUUACUCCAAUACUUUAUAUUGUAUUGCUCUUGAUAUGAGAAACCAGAUAACUAAGCUUAUUGUGAAUUUUUAAGUAAAAACCUUGUUCUGAGUGAGAACUUGAAAGAUUAAUAACCUGAUGAUGGCUACUUAGGAACUCAAAAGACCUUUUUCACCACUUGGGUUAUAUCUGGGAGAAUUCAGGCUUUGAAUCUGAUCUAGUCAAUUGUUUCUUAAAUACUUAAACAUUAGAUUUGGUGACAACAAUUUUAAAAUUUUUAAUUGAGUUCUUCAGAUUUUAAAAGGUUAUAAUUGCCCAUAGCUAUCACCACACACAAGUAGUAUGUAGUGGACAGAGGUGUGACUUGGGAAUCAGAAAGAUAGGGCUUCAAGUCCUGUUUCUGAUGUAUACCAGCUAUUGGACCCAACCCAAGUGACUUAAUCCCUCAGUGUGUCUGGCAACCCUCCAGCACAAGUUCUGGGUGAAGUAUUGAUCUCCUUUCUCUAAACUGAUGAAAUCAUGGACUCAGUGCCAUAAAAUAUCUGGAGAACUUCUCUUUAGGUAGUCCUUAAGGUCCGUCAAGUCCAACAUGCUCAUUUAACACAUGAGGAAACUGAGGCACAGAGAAGUAUAAUGAAUUGCCCUGUGUCUAUUUCUGAGUCUGUUAGGUCAUGCUGCCCCCACUGUGUUUAAAAGAUUUUGUUGGUUCGUUAAUACUUUUAUUGUAAAGGUAAAGAUCCUUGUUAGGUUUGCUUUAGCUGAGUUUGCUCCCUUGAAUAGUACCCACAUUAUUUCUACCACUUUUUCUCAUCUAUUUUUAAUUUUGAAUAGAUUGAUACAUAUUUUAAAAAUAUAAUUUGUUUUGCCACUCU